AGACGACAACAAUCCAAUUCAAGGCGAUCGAUUUUACCAAGCUGCAAAAAGAAAAGGUAGAAGGGUCUGGUCGUCAAUCGCCUCAUCAAAGGACGUUUACCAUGUUUACAGCUGGAGAACAUUUUAGAACUUGACGUGAAACUUAUGUUAUAAGUUGAUCAGGAAAACAAGUCAUAAGGUUAACCAAGGACCUGUCUCGGAACUAUUUUUGGGAAGUACAAACUCACCGUUGCUUGAUUGUCUCAUGAUGGGAGUUUCAGGAAGCAAGAAAAACCAAUCGAACUUGGCUGCCAAGAACCAAAGGAAUACACACCACCGAUAUGUAGACCCCAUUUAUCAAAACACCAAGUUACUUUUCAACGCUGAUGAUGGCACUGACUUUGGAGAAGUUCUCAUCACUCAACCAAAGAAAGCAGCUUUUCACCCUCUAGAAGUUGAAAACAUUGAUGAUUUGGACGAUGUUGAAUUUCCAUAUGAAAACAUUGUGUUUGAAGGUGGAGGUUGCCAAGGGAAUGCUUACAUAGGAGCAGUAAAGGAACUGGAUCGGUUGGGACACUUGAAGAAACUGCGUCGUUUCGGUGGAGCCAGCAUAGGAGCUGUUACAGCAUGUCUGAUAUCGAUGGGACACAGCGCAGACUCUGUUCUAGAAGAAUUAAAAUCUGCCCCUAAAAUACCGCAAUUUCUAGAUGCUGGAUGCGGUAGCUGCAGUCUCGUCCCAAACACCAUUCGCUACUUCGGAUGGCAUCCCGGUAAGGUCUCUUAUGAAUGGUUUGGAAGGUUCAUAGAGAACAAGCUAGGUAACCCGGAUGCUACUUUCAGAGACCUGUAUGAGAAGGUUGGAAAUGAGCUUUGCAUCGUGGUCACAAAUCUGAGUCUGAAGAUGGAAGAAUACUGCCAUGUGAAAACUACACCAAACCUACCAAUCAGAGCAGCGCUUAGGAUGUCCACGUCACUGCCAGGAGUGUUUUACCCAUUUCAGAAAGUUACCGGUGACCGAACUGAUCUGUAUAUCGACGGCGGAUUAAUUUGUAACUAUCCCGUACACUGCUUUGAUGGGUGGUGGUUAUCGAUGAAACCAGAAGACACAUUCCUGAAGAGGAUGCAACCUCUCACAGAUGUUGGUAAACUCAUGAUGAAGAAGGAAAGAUUUGGUACAUUCAACGAGAAGACAAUUGGACUCAUCAUUUUCAGUGACUAUGAUCAACACGUGUUAUCUGCGAACCCAGACCUGAUUGCUCGCCCAUCAUUUAUACCAGAUACUGACUUGGGAAGGGAAUACAAGAAAGUGAUCAGCAAGCGAGAAUACGAUAUCCAGCGACACACGGUGGUAACAGAGGCGAUGUCCAAGUUUCUUAGAGUUCUCAAUGAGCACAACUUAGACGGCAAUGAUACAAUCAACAGGAGUGAAUUUGAGCAAGCUCUUACAAAAACGGAUGAGUUCACCACGGCCCACCGCAGAGCUUUGUUUGGAAGUCAUCUAACAUCACCAAGUGAAAUAUUCUCUGCUUUGGAUAUCAGCGGUGAUGGAGAGAUUGACUUUCAUGAGAUGAUGAUGAUGGCUGAAAGUCGUGGUGCUGGUAUAGAAAGUCAAAUCAUUGGAGCAGGUUGGACCAAAAUCAGCAAGGCAUCAAACAUUGUCGAUUGUGUGUUCCGGACGCUCCUAAUGAAUGUGAAAAGAGCAUUUUUGGAGGGUGGUGACAAUGAGCGAACCGUGAUGAUUAAUACAGCAUAUAUCAAAUCAAUGGACUUUGAUAUGAAACAGGAGGAUACCGACUUUUUGAUUGAGGGGGGCCCGGGCCCCUCGCCCCCUGGAUCCGCCUGUGCAUCUACCAUAUAUUGUAACAACCAUAAAUGCCACCGACACCCUGUGCGACUGAGUGCUGUCAGUGUCAAGUAAGUGGAAUCCGGCGCGCCAGCUCGUAUCAUUUCUGAUACCAACGAUCAAGUUCAGAAGAGCAACCACACGCAAGCUUAUAAAAAAGAACUAGAUGACUGCUGAAGGAAGAGAAAUAUAGUUUGAAAAAAGGAGUCGAUGACAUGAAUAUCAUACUGUCGGUUAUGGGCGUUGUUAUGACCCAAGUAUUUGAUGUGAAAUAGCAUUAAGUCAUUUAAGAAAUAAGUGUCGAUUUCAAAACGUCAAAUCUAUGGAAACCUAAUCUUACUUCAAAGAUGAAUAAGAAAACCAAUUUAGAAUUUCUUUAUGAAAUUCCUUUAAAAAAAUCAACAUUCAAAUAUAUUUUAAAUGGAUUACGAAAAUCACAUUCAGGUUUAAAAAUCCAUUAAAGCUUGAAUAUGAGGCUAUACAUUUUAUUGGUUUAAAUAAUUAAUUCGAAUACAUGAUCUUUUUAUCUUGUGAUCUUUUGGAUAACAUACUUGCUUGCCUUACAACCAAUCCAAUAGUUACUUAGAGUUAGAAUCUUUACUCAAUUUCUUUUGUCCGCGAAUAAACUGGCCGUGAUCCACACGUAUGCAAUGUAAACUUUCAACUUAUGACUGAUAGGUUAUAUUAUACAAAAUUCUGUGGAUUACCUAAUUGUGUUAUAUUUUAACUCGUGAACUUUAGCGCUUCGCGCGACAUUUUUGCAGAUAGGUGUAUUUUAACUUUACUGGAAAUGUACAAAAUUGAAAUGAAAUUGAAAUUUAAAUCACUUUGCUUUCUUAUUUUAUUCAAGGCCAUUCUCUCUUAAAGUGCAAUGACUUUAAUAUUAUUCAACUUAUGAAAUUA